GGGCGGCCUGUUUGGCGGUGACACAGGCGGCGCUUCGGGUGCGGUGUUUGCAGCGGGGCGGGAAGAGGCCGGAGGGAUAUUUCCGGAUCCAUCUGCUCAAGGACCUUCCAUUUGCCUUUUUGGCUGUCCAUGGUGUCUUCCACACUCUUCUCCAGCACCACAUCUCAAAUGGUAUAAUUCAAAGGUUUAUUUGGUGUCCCUGUUACUGACAUAGAGAGAAUAUUCAUGAGAGACUGUUUGUGUCCCUAUCAGGCAACAAAAUGGCAACAGGAGCAGAUGUCCGGGAUAUACUGGAACUGGGAGGAACUGAUUCUGAGAAUAUAGGAACCAUUAACAAGAAAGACAUAAUCAAUUCUGAUAAGAAAAAAUCCAAAAAAUCAUCAGAAACCCUAACCUUUAAGAGACCAGAAGGAAUGCACCGGGAGGUGUAUGCACUGCUGUACUCUGAUAAAAAGGAUGCACCUCCUCUUCUGCCAAGUGACACAACACAGGGCUACCGCACUGUCAAGGCAAAACUAGGCUCUAAGAAAGUGCGGCCUUGGAAAUGGAUGCCCUUCACUAACCCUGCUCGGAAGGAUGGGGCAAUGUUCUACCACUGGCGGAGGGCAGCAGAGGAGGGCAAAGAUUACCCUUUUGCCAGAUUCAACAAAACUGUGCAAGUGCCAGUCUACUCGGAGCAAGAAUAUCAAAUGUAUCUUCAUGAUGAUGCCUGGACCAAAGCUGAAACAGACCAUCUUUUUGACUUAGCACGACGGUUUGAUCUCCGCUUUGUGGUCAUUCAUGACCGUUAUGAUCACCAGCAAUUCAAAAAGCGGUCAGUGGAAGACCUAAAGGAGCGCUACUACCACAUCUGUGCCAAACUAGCCAAUAUUCGUGCUGCUCCAGGCACUGACCUGAAAAUCCCUGUUUUUGAUGCUGGUCAUGAACGGCGCCGGAAGGAACAAUUAGAGAGGCUAUAUAACCGGACGCCAGAACAGGUGGCAGAAGAGGAAUAUCUAAUCCAGGAGUUGAGGAAAAUUGAAGCCAGGAAGAAAGAGAGGGAGAAGCGAACACAAGACUUGCAGAAACUCAUUACAGCUGCUGACACAACCACUGAACAAAGACGUGCAGAGCGCAAGGCCCCCAAAAAGAAGCUGCCACAGAAGAAAGAGACAGAGAAGCCUGCUGUCCCUGAAACUGCUGGAAUCAAGUUUCCGGACUUCAAGUCUGCAGGUGUCACGCUGCGGAGUCAGAGGAUGAAACUGCCGAGCUCCGUGGGACAGAAGAAGAUUAAAGCCUUGGAGCAGAUGCUGAUGGAACUUGGAGUAGACUUGAACCCAAUGCCAACAGAGGAGAUUGUGCAGAUGUUUAAUGAGUUACGCAGUGAUCUAGUGCUACUCUAUGAGCUCAAGCAAGCCUUUGCGAACUGUGAAUAUGAGCUGCAGAUGUUGCGCCACCGCUAUGAGGCACUGGCCAAGGCGGGUAGCAGUGGACCUAGCACAGAUGGUGGCGUACAUGCUGAUGGACAGUCAAGCUUGUGCACUGAAGAGGGCAAGGGUGAUGGCAAGGAACAGAUUAUUGACGUGGUGGGGGCCCCCCUCACACCCAAUUCGCCUUUCUCCACCUCAGCCCAGUGCACCCUGGUUUUGUUAAUCCACUCUAGGAUCUUCAUAAAUUGUGUCCAUUGCUGGCGACCCACAGUGAAGGUAACCUUCUCCCCCCACCCCAGAACAUGCUCUGCUGACCCAGGAGGGACGCUACUCCGGGCCUUUGGGGGGUGAAAGAGAAAACGCAGGGAAUCUGCUUCAAGUUCCUCAUCUGUCAAAAAAGUGAAGAAGCCAUGAGCAACCAGAGAUCCCAGCUCCUAGAUGUUGCAGAAUCAGGACACUGACUGUAGGUUCAAGAGGGCAUCUAUUACCCAGUACUGUGGUAAUGAUCUGGAAGAUUCUUUUAAUGCUAUUGUCCUCUUCUGCUUGAGGUAAAAAGGACUGGAUAAGCUUGCAUAACAAAUUCUUAUUUGUUGAUGAUAUUGUUAUUGUCUUUUCUAUGCCUGAUUUUUUUUGUAAAUUUGUAAAUAUAGAAUCUGUUACCUCUUGUUCUGUAAUCUGAAUUGAAUCUGGUGUGUGUGUGAAGAAGAUCAACAUCAGUAUGAUGCUGGCAGAUGCUUCUUUGUCCCAGUUGCUCCUUGAACUGGGAAUGUGCAGAAGCUGGAUGUUCAGUCAGUCAGACCAUCAGGGUAGGAAUUGUCUUUUGUAUAUCUGAAGAAUGUACGUAGAAGGCGUAAAACUUGUUCAGUUUCCUGGUAUGAUGCUGCACAUGAAUAAUUAAGUAACUGUAGUAUUGAUGCUUAUCUAAUAACAGUGCAGAAGACUUGGAUUCAAUGGCCCAAAUCUUGUUAGAUCUAUCUUAAGGCCAUUGAAUCAAAGGGAUUUACAUAGUUUGACUUACCAUUCAGUAAAUUCAGUGGGUCUACUCUAGCUGAGACUGCCAAGAAGAUUCAGGCCACAGUUAAGAUAUAAUCAGAGUACCAGAAAGAAAUAAGAGUGACAUGAACAAAUAUACAUAUAUUAAAAAACAUAUACAGCUCCUGCUCUUUGUAACUCUCAAGAUUUUCCAUGUACUUGGGUUACACCAAAGAAAAUUUAGUCACUAGUUGAACUUACUUGUUUCUGGCAUUAUAGAAUGUCCUAUGAGAUAUCCAUAAAGCUGAAGGAAUCUUGGUUUAUUGAUCUGUGUGCAUUCAAUACAAAUUAUACUGCUGCUCUGAAGAGGAAAAUGUUCCAGUUGAUAUACAUAUUGUAGUUGGCACUGUAUUUUUUAAAAAGUGUCACUUCUCAGUUGAGGCAUUUUCUCAGUUCUGUCACUAGCCAAAGUAUUCUAUACUGCUGUGCUUGUGGGUAUAUGUACUUUUACAUAGCGUAAUGGUUUUUGUGUUGAUCUUCAAAGUAGUUCUUCAGUUCGCGAUGCUAUCUGUGCUAAAUCCCCUUGUAGUCCAAACUAGAAUACACCCACUGGCCUUUACAUAAAUAUUGAUUCACAGUUCCCAUCAAUUCAGUGGGUCUACUGAACUAAGCUAGAACUAAGAAUAGAAUUCAAGCCUGUAUGUUUACUUGGAAAUAGGCCUCCCUGUGUUCUAGGAUUGCAACUUAUUUGUGUUUGCCUAUCACAUGCCAUAGGCAGGACAGUAUCAUUUGUUCUAUGUAGAGAUAUCCUAUGGGAGGAUAGUUGUAUUGCUUAGUGUCAAAUGAAGCACUUAGCUGAAUACAGGUUGGCUUUUCAUGAACUACACACUGCUUUAGCUUAUAAAGACUGAAUUAUCUGUGUAGGGUCGGACAUCCAAGUCAAUAUAACUAGAACUAUGCAGUCAGUGGCAAAAAUACACAUUAAAAAAAAAUCACUGUAUUUGGUACUGAAUUUAGCAACUUGAAACAAUUUUCAAGCCAUUCUGGCUACAGAGGGCAAUAUGAAAGUGUAUGAUUAAACUAUGGUGAGAUCCCCAAUGUCA